GAGGUGUUGCUGCAGCGCAAUGACGUGGAGGCCUUCCUGCUGUCCAGUCUUCAUGCGCAGCAGCAGCACCAAUACCAACAACAACAACAACAAUCACAGCAGCACCAGCAACAACCGUCGGCUUCACAUGUGGACGCGCCAGGUGGCGGUGCCGGUGGUGGCCAUGUGGGCUCAGACUUCCGAGAUCUUCCCUGGGAGGACAGGGAGCGGGUGCUGCGGCUGUUAUUUGUCAAGAUCAACAACCAGGCUCAGCAGGUGCACUUCACGGUGCUGCCGCCACACCCGCUGGUGGCGGCCGGUGGCGGUGGCGGCGGCGGCGGCACGGAGAUGCUGAUGAUGGCGGCUUUUUUGGGACGAGAUGUACUUAGGCUUUAUUCGCGAAGUACGACCGGACACAUUUGUGCGAAGGGGCUGCUUAAAAAACUGAAGCCCACUGUAACAACCACACAAGACAAAAAAGACAGCUAUAGACAGCUACCGUUGGCGGCCUCUCCUAACACUUCGCCUGUCCACCUCAUCGCCCCGAGACGCCCCCAAAGCGUCCGUGCUCCAAACGUGCACAACACUCCGAAUCAGGGGGCAGCUGCAGACAUCUUUGGUGAAUCGUCCUCCGCCAAACCCCUGACGAGUGUUUCGGCUGGCACCUUGGUUCCGGAGCUUUGA